AUGUCCACCGUGUCCGCUUCCCUUGUUGCGGGCGACGGCCAGCGCAAGCGCCCACGUAUAGAUCUCACCACAGAGGAGGAUGUCGACGACGGUAGGGUUCCGUCUCUUGUUUUGCCAGUCCUCCCCCGCUUCCCCGGUCUCGACCGUGCUGCCAUUAUAGCCGUUUUCGAACACACCUUCCGCCCAAAGAAGGACCUCAUAAAACUUCGCAGCCCCGAGUUCAAAGCCUCGGCACCGGACGGCGAGUCCUUCGACUUGAAGUCCACAUCGUCUGGCCUGCAAUUCUGCAAGGUGGUUUCAAUCAAGGACUGGGGUAAUGAUGCAUCCCUGUGGGCCCACUGCUUCAGCAAUUACAUUGCUAUCUGGUGUGAUUUCUUCGCUGCCAAGCACUCAUUAUGCAUCAGUGGAAUGGUCCUUUUCCACCGCCGUAUCUGUGACCUUGCCAGGGCAUAUAAGUGGCAGGAGUGUAUCCUGCAAAUGGCCUUAGACCACCACCAGAUGGUCGUCGAUAAAGGCGACCUCACCGUUUCUCUUGGCGACUGGGAAAUUGGGAAAGCCCUCGAAAGCUCCUACCUACGCCCGGACAACGUGCUCCCAGCAAAGACGGCGCCGACUACCUCAACUACCCCAACCACACGGUCAACGCGCUCAACCGCCGCCCCAAAUAACGACUCUGUCAUCUGUGAAAAGUUCAACUCUUCUGCUGGCUGCCACUGGCGAACAUGUCACCGUAGGCACGUCUGCUCUAACUGGCCAGCCCCGCGUCCCAACACUUCUAUUCAGUUUAAGAUCUUUGAUUCUUCCCUCCCGCCUCUGCGUGACUCUGCUUCCCCUUUUAUCACUUCAGCAUGGGAAACUCUCCUUGAACGCUAUCCUGGCGAUCUAGGGACUAUUUUCAGCGGCAUUCUCACAUUCGGCUGCCGCCUUGGUUGUACGGGCCAGCCGACAGACCGCCGAACAUCUAACCACCAUAUUGAGGAACCCUCUAUUAUCACCCAAAAGCUCUCCGAUGACCUGUCAAAUCGUCGAGUGCAAGUUUGCACUGGUCCCGUCGGUGUGUCCCCACUAGGGCUCGUACCUAAACACGGCGGAAGCUGGCGCCGUAUCCAUGACCUUUCCUAUCCGCCAGGGCGCAGUGUCAACGAGUCCAUCCCGGAUACCGCCCCUGCCAUACAAUACAUCUCCAUAGAUCACAUUUUCGAUCUCAUCCGCACCUCUGGACGAGGAUGCUGUGUCAUCAAACGCGACAUCAAAGAUGCUUUCCGCAAUAUCCCCGUCGCACCGGCCGACCGGCCUCUCCUAGCCUUUUCGUGGGAUAGCAAGACAUACAUGGAGUGUUGCCUUCCAUUUGGUCUUGCAACUGCACCCUUCAUCUUUAACCUUUUUGCUGAGGGUCUCAACUGGCUUCUGACUGCCUACUUGCCUGUGGCCUCUAUCGUUCAUUACCUUGACGAUUUCAUCACUGUUUUUCCUCCUUCUGUAGGAGGUGUCUCUCAGGCUAUCGCCGAGUUUAAUACCGCAUACAUUCCUCUUACAGAUGCACUAGGCAUCCCAAGGAAUGACACCAAAGACGCCGCCGGUACCGUGGUCACUGUGCUUGGGGUCGAAAUCGACACGACACUUCUACAGGUCCGCAUGUCUCGCGAUAAGCUAACACGCGCAUCUUCCGAGGCCGCGUCGCUAUUACAGCAAAAUCGUGUUUCGCAUAAAGCUUUGCAACGUGUGGUCGGUUUCCUCCAACACUGCUCAAUGGUCAUUCGUCUUGGCAGACCUCGCCUCCAGUCGCUCUACAGCGACCUCGCAUCUUUCCCACCCCACCAGCGCUCUCUCCGCCGCCUAUCCCAUGAUAGCCGCGAGGACCUCGCAGCCGCCCCCCUAGUUGCCCUCUACACAGACGCGUGUGACUCCGGUCUGGGCCUCUUCUUCUUUUUUGCGCCCUCACGGGACUCCGCCGGAGACUGGUUGUCUGCAGCACCUCACCUGCCUUCCACUCACGCCGCUAUUGUGGACGCCUCCUCUGCCUGCGCUACCGAUGCCCACAUCAACACCAAGGAGGUUACCGCAAUUCUUCAGGCCUUCCUUCUACACAGCCUCCAUUGGGCUCAUCAUUGUGUCCUCGCUUUCACGGACAGUGCCGUCGCGUUCCAUGGCCUGUCUAAGCAGGCACUCCGCGGGCCGGCCCAUCGCCAACUGCUCAUGCUUUUUAGUAUAGCAGCCGCCCUUGACAUAGAAAUCCAGCCACACUGGCUACCUUCAUCAGAGAACCUGCUAGCUGACGCACUAUCCCGUUCCGACUAUGGUUCCAUCGCUGACAUUUGCCCACAGUGGACGAGCUCCUUUCCCUUGCUCCGCCUCCCUGGUUCUCCUGCCAGCCUAUUUUCGUAA